GUCCAUUUCUCUUCCUUCACUCAUCUCAUGAUCCAGCAGCUCUUUUCAGUGGAGGUAGGAGAUAAAGUGCCUGGAGAAACCAGAGUACGAAGAUCCAUUCUGUCGCCUGACAAGCUAGUCGAAACCCCUGCCCAAAAUGUCCACACUCUGUACGACGUGCUUAGGUAUAGCGCUCAUCACUACACAGAUCGCAAUGGUUUUGGAUUCCGCAAGGAAUUAGGUACUGUACAAGAAGAAAAGGAAAUAGUCAAACAAGUCAAUGGCUCUGAAAUUAAAGAGACCAAAUCGUGGACCUACUAUAAGCUAAGCGACUAUCAGUAUACCACUUAUCAAGAAGCCGCGAAGAUCACUCAAAUUAUCGGAUCAGGCUUGAAGCAGUUAGGCAUGACAAAAGGAGAUAAGCUUGAAAUAUUUGCCAUGACUAGUUUCGAGUGGAUGAUGAUGGCUCACGGCGCCUUUACGCAGUCGAUGACAGUUGUCACAGCUUAUGACACAUUAGGAGCGGAAGGCCUUGGUUUCUCAAUUUGUGAAGUGGAAGCAGUGACUUGCUUCACCAAUGCUGAUCUCAUUCCUGUUCUGCGCAAAGUAUUGCCUACGUGCCCAUCAGUUCGAAAUAUCAUCUAUACUGGGGAACUACCAGAAGCCGAAAUACAAGAUCUGAAAUCAACUUUUCCACAGCUAAGCUCAUUUAUCAGCUAUAAUGAACUCCUCCAUAUUGGAGAAAGCCACAUGAGCGAGCCAAACCCACCUCAAAAGCAAGAGUUAUGCUGCAUUAUGUAUACAAGUGGUAGUACAGGAACACCUAAAGGUGUCCUUCUCACUCACGCCAAUGUUGUCGCAGCCAUUUCUGGCGUGAACCGUAUGCUUCAACAUUUUAUCGAAGAUGGGGAUACAGUCAUGGCAUACCUUCCUUUAGCACACGUAUUGGAAUUUCUUGUUGAGAAUGUCUGCAUAUUUUUCGGAUUGACUCUGGGUUAUGGAACUGUCAAGACUCUGACAGAUGCAUCUGUAAGAGAAUGCCGUGGUGACUUUGCCGCUUUCCGACCAUCUAUUGUCACCGGAGUUCCCCAAGUCUGGGAGACCAUCAAGAAGACAGUCAUGGCAACGGUCGCAGCUAGAGGACCAAGAAUUGAGAGUAUAUUCCACGGUGCGGUUGAUUUGAAAUCAUGGCUACAUGACAAUGGAUACCCUGCUGGAGUUCUUGACAAGGUGGUGUUUAAGAAAGUCAAACAACAACUCGGAGGACGGUUUAGAUAUGCUCUUAGUGGUGGUGCUCCGCUAUCGACUGAGACUCAGCGAUUCUUGUCUCUGACAGCUGCCCCAAUUCUGGGAGGAUAUGGAAUGACAGAAAGUUGCGGAAUGUGCUCAGUCAUGACACCCGAACAAUUCUCGUACGGUCCCGUUGGCGCACCUGUACCCUGUACUGAAGUCAAGCUAGUGGACGCUCCUGAAGCCGGAUAUCUUUCAACUAACGAGCCAAAGCCUCAGGGUGAGAUUUGGAUUCGAGGGCCAUCGGUCACUGCUGGUUACUUCAAAAAUGAAACCCUAACCAGAGAAUCCAUUACCUCGGAUGGUUGGCUGAUGACUGGAGAUAUAGGCGAAUGGAAUCAAAACGGCACAUUGAGCAUUAUCGACCGAAGAAAGAAUCUCAUCAAAUUAUCUAAUGGCGAAUAUAUUGCGCUAGAGAAAAUUGAAUCGAUUUACAAAUCAUCAACCUUGGCAGAAAACAUUUGCGUAUAUGCUGAUUCACUAUGCGCUCGCCCGGUUGCAUUGUUUGUUCCUGUCGAAAAGUCACUCAAGGACAUCUGUCAAGAGAAGGGUAUUGGUAAUGACAAUUGGGAGACACUGUGCAAGGACCGCGCUGUUCGAAAUUUGGUGUUGAAUCUACUUCAUGAUCAAGGAAAAAAGUCUGGUUUGAAGGGCUCCGAACUGAUCCAUGACGUUUGGAUUUGCCCAGAGCUUUGGACUACUGAUAUGGGCUACCUUACUGCUGCACAAAAACUUAAUAGAAGGAUUAUCACUGAAGACUUUAAAGAACAACUAAAAGAAAUGAAUCAAAGCCAAAAGAAUUAAUCACUCUGUACUUAACCGCUUGCAUCGUUUCAUUGCUUUGUGUAUAAUAGUGUUUAUGAGCCAUUAAAUACAAACAACCUUUCGAGCACAUCUCCCAUUUAUACGUUUCAUUUAUUGAAUGUUUCGCGUACAUCUGGCGGCGCUACAUUAGUUGCUUCAUUCUGAAUGUAUUCCUCUAGCGUUUCCACCUUUGCACCGAUUGUCUC